UGAAUUAGUUCGAGUAAUUUAUUUGCACAUGUAACGUUUAUACGUAUCUUAGUUUUAACUGAAAUUUGUAGGUGAUGGUCAUACGUUUCUACCAAUACAUGCAACAAAAAUGAAUUUCUGCGGCCAUGGGUCGUGGAAAAAUUGAAAAUAUGAGUUUGUUUACUAGGUUGUAGUAAUGUAUUUUCUUUUAGGUUUUAUGCAAUUUCUUUAAUUUUUAUAAUGUUUUAUUUUCCUCCUGUACCAAUUGCAAAUGAAUAUUCGCCUUAGAUGUUUGGGUGUCUCACAUCACGCUGCUAGUUGAAAGUUUAAAUGGGUUGGGCCAGUGGUUCCCAACCUUUUUCAGCUGGCGACCCACCUUUCCUUAUCGGAAUACCUCCACGGUCCAUCGGUCCACGGUGGAGUAAAAAAAACCUUAUUUGUAUAUAAUUUACCAUAAAAUAUUGCUAUAUAUAUAUAUAUAUUUUGAGGAUACAUAUUGAUUAUUGAUAAACAAUUUGUGUUCUGAUUUGAAAAUGGUUAACAAAAUGCAAGAACUUUGUAGCAAAACAGUUACUUAUUUAACAAAAGAUAUAUUUUAGCACACAAUUCGAUUUGAUUCGAUUUUUUAAAAAUCUUUUUCUGAUGGUUUAUUCGAUGGUUUGUGAUAGUUUUAGGAUCGAGUCGCGACCCACCUGUAACCCCUUCCGCGACCCACUAGUGGGUCGCGACCCAUCUUUUGGCAACCGCUGGGUUAGGCUAAAUGUUUGUGUGUGUGUAUGUUUUAAAUCCGCUUUUCCGCUUUUCUGCGAGCGAAUAUCCCGCGAAGGCGUUGCUCUGUGUGCUCAUUUAAAUUUUCCGCUCCCCCUGGCGAUUUCUCGAGCGGGCGGAGGGUUUUUUCCUCGCAGGCCGACCAUUAGCGCUCCAGCGAUUCCGUGGAGCUGCGGAGAAGCGCGGAUGUUUGAAGAUGCGAAUGGCGUACUGUCUUUGAAUAUAUAUACUGUAUAGAAGUCGCGAGUGGAUAGGAUUUACUCUACGUUUUUCAGGAGCGUAUGAUGAGCAGCUUGGGAACUUCACCUCUGCAGUGCGCUGCCGUAACGCCCUGUAUCGUCUUAGUUGUUAUUUACACGUUAGAGCGCAGCACUGUCGCCCGCUGUCAUUCCCCGCACCCCCCAUCUACCAUUCACUGCAGCUCAAGGUCGUUCAACGGGUGUGGGGAAGGGGUGUUUGAAGAGUUGGACACUUGUCCGCUAGGGACCACCACAAGUCGAUGCCCUAGAGAUGGUGGCGAUUGCGGCGGUGAAUUAACCAACUACCUCAAAACCGUAUUAGAAAUUUUAACCUGGGCUGGCGACUUCUAUAUAGUAUAUAUUUUCAAAGGUACUGUGUAGAGGAUGGACACUUAACCUUGGCCUUUCAGGUUCGUACCCCGCGCCAGCUUUCGGUCUGACAGUUUAGUUAGAUUUUUUUUCUCCACAGGACGGGUCUGAAUUCGACUGACGAACUUCAGUUUCAGGUUCGUGAAAAACUUCUCUGCACGACUUACGGUCCAAACUUUUUUUCCAAUACGUCUUUCAAGUUGGGGCUGAGCAAAAUUUUUGGCGUGACGUCUAAUAAAUCGAUGAACGCCGGCUGCACGCAAAAAAAUGUGUCCCGUUACGCUGUGUCCCGUUACGCUCGUACGCUUGCGCCGCAUCUGUCUCUCUUCCACUCGAUUGGAACAACCAUUGAUUUGACAUUUUCGACGCACAUUAAACUUGCAACACUCGCAUUCGUUUCCUACUUUUCCUAUUGUCGUCCUAUCCUUAACAGAAUAACACAGAUUGGAAGAAGUUAAAUAGCAAGCAUGUAUAAAAGUUAUAGUUAAAAUAAUCUGUUCGUUAAAGUGAUAAACAUAUUUGAAUUAAUGAGUGCAAAUAAAAGUAACUUUAUCAAUUAAAUUGUAGAUUUCAUUUCACUCCUUUGUAUCCAUACAAAAUAGUUAUAAUUCAAUAAAAAAGAUUAAUUUUAUUCAUAAAAGUAUGCAAUCAUUUAAUCAAUGUUUUGUUAUGACGUUGUCACGUUAAACUAUCGUCCGUAAACCGACUUUACAGACAACCAAUUUUUUUUACUGUAAACAAUAAAAGUAUUAAUUGUAAUAUGGAACACUAUUGUUGUGAAUAAUGUGUUUAAUUAUACUCUACAACCAUCGCGAAUUUUGUGACUAGUGAAUUUAUUUCAUUUAAACAUUGGGAGUAACGCCUUUACUAUCCCCCCCAUUAUUUAAAUAAAAUUAUUUUUCUACAGCCACAAAAUUACGGUGGUUGUAGAACUUAUUUUAAUUCAAAAUAAUUCAUACACUCAAGUGUUUUAUCUUAAAUAUUUUAUUGUAUACAAUAAAAAUCUUUUUUCGGCUCGACCUUCAAAACGGAAAUCGACGAGGAAAAUAAUUACUUUUUGAUGGCUCUAUUUAGAAAAUACAGCUUGGCUUCCCCUAUCUGAUAUGGACUAUUGUCAUAAAAUAAAAAAAGUGAUUUUAGCACUGUUUAUAAAACUUGAAACAAACAAAAAUUGCAAAAAAUAUCGUAAGAUACUGUCUAUUAAAGACUUACAGUUUAACUGUUGGGCUUAGUUUUAAUCAACAGCACUGGAAACAGCCCUUGGGCUGCCAAAAAGACUAUCCUCUUCCUUGAUAAAACAGGAUGUUCCUUAAAAUUUCAAAUCUUACAAUCCAUUGUUUAACAAUUACUUUUUUCACAAACCAAAAGUUUUUAAAUUGGUGGGAAAAAUAAACUGCAAUGAAAAAAAAAAACAAUAUAAACAUUACAAAGGCUAAGGAUACAUACCAGAUUUAGUAACUUAAAAAUAUAAAAUACUUACAUACAUCGAAUUUUCCAGAUUCAACAAUGUUUCCAACAAACACAACUAGUUUAGAUAACUAAGAAUUGAACCAACAACUGUUGCCAACUUCAGUCUUUGGCCAAAUAAACAUGUUCCAAAGAGGAAACAAAUUUCUCCAUAGAUGAAAAAAAUUUAAAUGAUAAAAUUUACUCACUAGUAAAAUCACUAAUUACUACGCUAAGGCAAGCCCUAUAUGCCACAGCGCGUACAACCGGAACUAUGUUUUCUUCUCGCAAAUAAAUUUUCAACCCGUUUGUUUCGCUCCAGUUAUUUUCCAUUAAAAGAAAUUAUUUCCGUUACGACGCCUGCGACAGUGAAUUAGCUUUCUGUGUCUCAAAUUAAUUCAUGUGAAACGGUGACCUACCAGACUGUGUCAACGUGUUCUGUUGCGCGUUUACUCCCGUGGCAUUUAAUGUCAUGACAACCAGCUCUAAGGCAGAUGUUAAGCCGCGUACACACUUGCGCGCCGCGGCUGCAAUGCAACACGCCACGAACAGGAUUCGCCAGGUGUGUACGGGCCCUCGAACACGCGCCGAGCGUGCGCCGCGCACGCCACGAACCGCGCGCCGCGAACCGCCAGCUGUCGGUUUUUUCGACGAACACAAAGGGAUUCGGCGCGCCAGUGUGGACGUGUUUGCAGCUCGCAGCGCACACGCAGCGAACAUGGAGUGGAGCGAAGAAGAUAUGUUGGGCUUGAUUGAAGUGUAUAGAACACAUCCUGUGCUUUGGGACCCAAGUAAUAGAGACUACUACAAAAAAGCUAAAAAAAUGGAUGCGUGGAGAGACAUAGCUGUUACAGUCGGGCAGUUAGAAGAUGAAUGCAGGAAAAAAAUGAUUAGUUUGCUGUCGUCGUACAGAAGGGAGAAGUCAAAAGAAAAAAACACAAUAGGGACUGGUAAAGGUACUUCCGAAGUGUUUACCAGCCGAUGGUUCGCCUACGAGUCGUUAAAAUUUCUGGAAGGCAGAGAUAAGCCACGGCCAACAAUGAACACGGAGCCGGUGAUCAUUGAAGGAAACCACGUCCAUCAAGAACUGAAUGUGCAAAAUGAAGACCAAGAAUUUCUUUCUCCAAGUGCACCUAAGCGAGCAAAAGGAAGGCAACAGGGUGAUGGAACUGCACUGCUAGCGGAUGCUGUUAGCAUUCUACAAGCUACUGCUGGAAAAUUCAACAUGUCUCCUGAACAGAGCGAGAUUAAAACAUUUUGCGCAUAUUUAUCUUCCAAAAUGGCGACAUUUUCUUCAGCUACAAGAUUGGGGGUUCAGCACGCUGUUUAUGACAUUUUGAUGAAAGCAGAUCGAGGUUUGUUUGAAAUACCUACAUACAACUAUGGUCAAGGUCAACUAUUUCAUUCCAAUGCACCUGAAAACUAUUCUACUCGCAUGUAUAUGCAACAGCCAGCUUCCCACUCAUCAACUUCAUCAGUUUAUCUUCCUGCUCAACAACAACAACAACAACAACAACAACAACCCUUUGAGCCAAAUCUGUCGCAGUCUUCUCCAGCUGGUCGGUCCCCGACACAAAUGACUCCACAUGCACAAGUUACUAUGCUACCUAGUGCCUCGGCUACAAGUAUACAAACAAAUUCAAGUCACACCAUUUCACCGCUGGCGUCAAUGCAAAGUCCUUUAUCGCAUUCAUCUCAGUGUUCUGAUGAUUUUAAUGACUGUGUGUAAAUUGCAUCACAAUUUUUGUGUUAAUUUAUUUAUUUGUUUAUGUGAACUACUCUGAUUUAAUUUGAAUUUAAUGAGUUCAUUUAUUUAAUUUUUCUUUCUUACAUCAUUUGAGUACUGUAUUUUUGAAAAUAUCGUUUUAUAAAUAAAAACUUAAGCAAUAAGAACGUUUAUUUGUUCUAACGUUCAACUUACCUUGAUAUUUUCUUUCAACACUUCAAUUAACGCUGAGCAGACUUCUGUUACUAUUCCUCCUAUAGCCUGCUUUGAAAUUCUGAACAGAUAUUGCAGACUUGAGUACGAGUCUCCUGUCGCUAGAAACCGCAAUGUCACGGCUAACCUGGAACAUUAAAAUUGAAAACCUGUGUACUUAAACAUAUUGAACAUUAACACUUUUAAUAAUGCUGACAGGGAAAUUGCUGUCAGGCAUUAGUACAAAUUGUAAACAAUUCAUAGGCUACUUACCGAUCUUGAAU